CCUCCAGUUUUCCAUCCCUCAGUCACACCAGAGGGGGAAGGUCUGCAAGGAUCCAGAACCAUCAGUUGGAGGAGUUUGCGCAUGACUCAUGAAAGAUGAGUUCCAGGCAGGCCUGCCAUAGUGAACACCAGGCUUAAUGGGUUUUUCCUCAGAGAUACUUCAUGUACAGAGGCAGUGAACUGACUGCUCUCUGGUUGACCACCUUGAAAAAGAUGAGUGUGCCUGGCACUGUGCUUCUCAAGUGAGUAUUACCUGAGAAGUAUUAGUUGCUGGUUCUUCUGCACACCAUCAUUCAAGGACAUAUGGGUCAACCAUCCUCCUCAAUAGUUCAAAUCAACCAGAUCAUCUGACCACAGAGACUGAGGUGUACCUGAAAGCUGCCCACAUUUCUGUAAGGCCAAUAGAAGCCAUGAACACAGUUGUCAAUCUGUAGAAAUAAGGACUCCAUGACUCCUCCAAGGUCUCUCUGUGAAUGAACGUUUAAGAAGGGCUAGAUCCUAAAAUAGGGUCAGAGCUUAGAGAGAAGAAAAAGCAUAAACAUUGCUGAGCAAAUUGUAAGGGCAGUGUCACCAUAGGUUCUAAGUGACCCUCUGUGAUUGAGUGCAUACAGUGAUGCAAAAUCUCAUCAUCAGUGCAGAAGACAAAAAAAAUCUUACCCUUUCUACCUAGGAUGAGAAUCUCCAAAUCAGGGAAGAGUCCACUUACUAAACAGACAUAAGUGUCCUGGAAGAAUUCCUGCCUGAACCUCUCAGGAGCAUUUGAGGACAUUUAUCAAGUAUUCACUCCAGGAUUGGGACUAUGAAGACUUCAGCUGCUUUCAGCUAAUCAUUGAGACUUUUCAGGGGUCUUGGAGUAGAGUCAGGAAAGGACCUGAUGAGUGAAUGCAAUUACUGACAUUGGAGUUGCUGUUAUUAUUUAUCGUAUAUGGGACCCGUACACAUGGACUUUUUAAGAGACUGGGAAUUCCAGGGCCCACACCUCUGCCUUUGUUGGGAAAUGUUUUGUCCUAUCGUCAGGGUCUCUGGAAAUUUGACACAGAAUGUUAUAAAAAGUAUGGAAAAAUGUGGGGAACGUAUGAUGGUCAACUCCCUGUGCUGGCCAUCACAGAUCCCGACAUGAUCAAAACAGUGCUAGUGAAAGAAUGUCACUCUGUCUUCACAAAUCGAAGGUCUUUAGGCCCAGUGGGAUUUAUGAAAAGUGCCAUCUCUUUAGCUGAGGAUGAAGAAUGGAAGAGAAUACGGUCAUUGCUGUCUCCAACCUUCACCAGUGGAAAACUCAAGGAGAUGUUCCCCAUCACUGCCCAGUAUGGAGAUGUAUUGGUGAGAAACUUGAGGCGGGAAGCGGAGAAAGGCAAGCCUGUCACCCUGAAAGACAUCUUUGGGGCCUACAGCAUGGAUGUGAUCACUGGCACAUCAUUUGGAGUGAACAUCGACUCUCUCAACAAUCCACAAGACCCCUUUGUGGAAAGCAUUAAGAAGUUCCUAAAAUUUGAUUUCUUAGAUCCGUUAUUUCUCUCAAUAAUACUCUUUCCAUUCCUUACCCCAGUUUUUGAAGCAUUAAAUGUCUCUCUGUUUCCAAAAGAUGCUAUAAAUUUUUUAAAUAAAUCUGUAAACAGAAUGAAGAAAAGUCGCCUCAACGACAAACAAAAGCACCGACCGGAUUUCCUUCAGCUGAUGAUUGACUCCCAGAAUUUGAAAGAAACUGAGUCCCACAAAGCUCUGUCUGAUCUGGAGCUUGUGGCCCAGUCAAUAAUCUUCAUUUUUGCUGGCUAUGAAACCACCAGCAGUGUUCUUUCCUUCACUUUAUAUGAACUGGCCACUCACCCUGAUGUCCAGCAGAAACUGCAGAAGGAGAUUGAUGCAGUUUUGCCCAAUAAGGCACCACCUACCUAUGAUGCCGUGGUACAGAUGGAGUACCUUGACAUGGUGGUGAAUGAAACACUCAGAUUAUUCCCAAUUGCUAUUAGACUUGAGAGGACCUGCAAGAAAGAUGUUGAAAUCAAUGGGGUAUUCAUUCCCAAAGGGGCAAUGGUGGUGAUUCCAACCUAUGCUCUUCACCAUGACCCAAAGUACUGGACAGAGCCUGAGGAGUUCCGCCCUGAAAGGUUCAAUAAGAAGAACAAGGACAACAUAGAUCCUUACAUAUACACACCCUUUGGAACUGGACCCAGAAACUGCAUUGGCAUGAGGUUUGCUCUCAUGAACAUGAAACUUGCUCUAAUCAGAGUCCUUCAGAACUUCUCCUUCAAACCUUGUAAAGAAACACAGAUCCCCUUGAAAUUAGGCAUGCAAGGACUUCUUCAACCAGAAAAGCCCAUUGUUCUAAAGGUUGAUUCAAGAGAUGGAACCCUAAGUGGAGAAUGAGUUAUUCUAAGGACUUCUACUCUGUUCUUCAAGAAAGCUGCGCCCCAGAACACCAGAGAUUUCAAUUUACUUUGUCAAUAAAACCUUGAAAUAAAGAUGGGCUUAAUCUAGUGUA